AUGCUCACAACCUCAUUCCAGUUGACUCAUGUCACCCCGGUCCCAGAUUACAUGACCCGUGAGGAGGUCCUCUCCCGCCUUCACAACGCAGAAGUCCACAUCAAGAGCGACCCCAACUUGACGCACUGGACGCCCCGCACGCCAAAGGUGCCACCCACUGUUCCAGAGGAUGUCGAUUCCAUUGCAGUCACUGAGUGCUUCACCGUUACGGAUACUGUGCCCACCAAUCUCCCAAAGGCGCUGCCUAAGGGCAUGUUGGAGAAGAAGAGCAUUAGCGAGUACGAGUUCACCUUCACCCCGGACGGAAGCUUUGUCAAAAUUCAUUGCCCUAUGAGCGUUCUCUUGGAAACGCGGUGGUGUGUUCGGAAGGGAGGCGACGGCAGUCUGGAGUUGGAAGAAGUUGUGGAUGCUCACUGCUCUCGUUUCUUGGUGGGCGUUGUCAAAGGUGAACUAGAGAAGAACUGGGUGGAGGUGCAUCGCAAGAUUUUGACGGGAAAAGCAUGA